AGUUUUUGUCCGACGCGUCGUUGGUAGCGUUGGCUACCGCAUAAUGAUUUGGCUGAUUCUAUCGAUUGUUCUGGGAUGCUGGAAGAUGUCUGCGAAUGGAACUAUCGAAGAAAUGAUGAUUGCUCCAAUAGAGGUCAUUGAAGAAUGGGGCUGCUAUGAAACGGAAAUAAGAAUGACAUGCGGUAACCUCGAAUCGAAAAUAGCGAUCCUUGAAGCAAAGUUCACUCCACGAUGUCGCACCGAAAAUUGUAUCUACAUGGACGAAAACAGCAUGCCACAUCCAAUGGCCGCACAAAAAGUGGACAAGCUAAUACUAGAGGAAACGGAGGCCGGCCGACGUUUCUUGGCCACGAUGCGGCGGAAUCAUAAAAGGGAAAUGGAAGCUGCUGCUGCUGCGUCUAGCCUGGCAGUACCGUCAACAACCCGGGAAACUGUAGAAGCAACCACGACCGGGGAAAAGCAUGUAACGAUGAUGGCCGCUCGUUCCUUCAAGGACAAACGCAGUUCGCUGCGAGCUACCCUGGAGCACCUGAUCGUGCGCUAUUUGCGGCGGUUAACGAUCGACGACGAUAACGACGAAUAUGAGGAGCCGGGAAACCACGAAAGUGGCGCCCGCUACCGUCGUCAAUCACUUCCGAUGGUCACCUGGUCUAUAGAGCCUCCGCUGGACGAGGAACGAGUAGCCUUGCCACCGGAAACGGUCGAAGCGGAUGGUUUCUCCAACUCGAUGGAAAUCACGCUGCUCACCAACGACACCGAUACGAACUUAACUCAGUCUUGGGAAGUCACGACUGAGGCGGUGGCUUCGGAUUCAACACAGAAAUUACCUGGCAGCAUUCGGCAGCCGGAAGUGGCCGAGAGCUACAAAUUUUCAAACCCCACGAUUUCCGGAACCCGGAACGGUGUUGAUGGAGGUGCGGAUGCGAGUGAAAUGCGCGGUCACAGUGUAGAAAAUCACAGUGCUAAUGAUGGUGGGAGUGUGGGUGAGAUUGUGAGUGCCGUUGGUGAUAAUAGCGUUGAUAUAGAACAUAAUCAAAGUGAUGGGGUCAGCCGUGGUGGAGAAGAUGAUUUAAAUAUCGGUGGUGGUCACGGAACCGGUGGUGCAGAACGUAGUAGUCCGUUGAAAUUAAAUGGAAAUGCUAAUAUUCAUAAGAAAAGCGGCAUGCACGGCCGUCCGAGAGAAUGUGGCAGUGUGCGAAAGCGUGUAUCGCAGUUGGACCGCUUCGAGUUGGAACGGUCAAUGCGCAACGGAUCUUUUCGGGAGUAUAACAUACGGAACGCGCUCAACUAUCGCUGUUCCGGAAAAAAUCACUGCAGUUUCAUCUUCUCGCAAGAUCAUCCAUUCGCCGUCGUUUGGAAGGAAGGAACUAUACGCAUCAAGUAUAUCUGCAUGGACGUGCCGUAUCGGCGCUCAUGUUUAGUUUGGCGAGGGACGCUACUCGUGACGGUUGAAGCAUACGCUUACGUUAAACAACGCCAAGGAUCGAUCCCGAGUUCCAUUUCAUUGCAGAAUCUCAGUAUGAUAAGCUAUGUGCUCAUGGCAAGCAUUUAUCUGACCAUCGGUGCCCAGAAUGCAGUUGAAGCCGUCGGUACCAGCUACCAGCUACCAGCGGCUACCAGCUGCUACAACACGACGACGGCUCCGGACUACCUUUGUCCUCCGAAUCUGGCGUCGGUAAGGUUGUCCCACGAGACGUCCUGCACGCGGUACUACGUUUGCGAGAACGGCAAAGCCACGGAAAUGUCUUGUGCCGGAACACCACGGCGAUACUUCAAUCCAAUCACACAGUCCUGUGGCCGAAGCCCGAAGCCGUGCCAGGCCAACCUGAGGAGCCUGGGAACGCAAGUUAAUCAGGCGGUCAGAAAAUACCGAGACAAUUUUCCAAAAAGGAAUUUUGAACAAAAUUAUUGCUUCACCUUAUUUGCUCUUGGGUGCGAAGUGCCUCCGACGCCGGGUCACAUGCGACUCGUUCGCCGGACGGAACACCGGGCCAAAUACGUCUGUGACCCCUUGCACGUCUUUCCCGAUACGGGCGAAAGCACUCGCGAGCUAAUCUGCACAGUGAGACACACGUGGAAUAGAGUUUUGCCGGCCUGCAUUGAAAAACGAACAACCGAAGGGAGCGGUCUAGUCUCACAUUACGAACAGAAGCGUAAAUUCGGAUACGUUGACAGCAUGUCGGACAAACAGGCGGAUACUGUUUACGACAUUCUCAUUCCAUCGUUCGUCAUUGCCGGACUAUUCCUUGUUAAUGGCAUAGUGUUUGCAGUUAUCAUGCGCUAUCGCAACAAGCGAAAGCAACGCCUUGAUCUAGAGAGUAAGGAACUGGCGGAACUGUAGAGACCAUCACGCAUCACACCUUCUUCAGCAUAACCUCAACGUGGGUCAUCGCCGACUGCUUCCGAAUGCUUCCCAUGCUUGGCGCAUCGUGCAUUGCGACCACAUAUCGCUUUGUCUAGCAAUCUGCGCCUUUGUUGCGAACGAAUAUUUGAACUGUGUCAUACCUUAUCUUUGAUUUAGAAAAGAAAAUUAUGCAAGAAACACCACAUUGCAGGUAGUUACCACAAUCUUCAUUAUUUUAUUUUAAACUUUACUCUCGAAACCUUCGUCAACGGCUAUUUCAGUAUACCGAUGAUUAAUUGAAUGUUGAAGGAUUAUUAAACCAAGGAUUGAUCUCAAAAAUGUCCCAAAUCAAUCGAACAAAACUUGGCUUAUGGCUGCAUUUGGUUCACUUUUCCCUAAUUGUGCUUCAACCAGACUAGUUUCGCAUACAACGGACAGCUGGCAUGCACUCCGGAUACGAUACCUACUUAGAGAUCGAACAAAUCCCUCUCUGAUCGUUUAACAUUGACAGCACUACUAAAUUAUACUUUCACUACUGCACGCUUGGAAUAUUAAAAUACUGCUAAAACGUCAGUGAGGUUCUUCUGUGAGGUGCAUGAUUGAUCGCAACAGUAAAACACAGGAACGGGUACAUUCAAUAUAACUUAGAACGAUGAAAGGGUCUUUUGAAAUGCAGAUUAAAGAAAGACACAAAUGUGUUAACAGAGAAAGCAACUCCAAGGAUAUAGCCCAAAAAACGGAAAUUUUAAGAUGGUAAUACGUAGAUGGAGAAAGACUGUUAAAUCUAAACCACGUAAAAGGUGCUAUUACUCAUGAUAAUGAAUCGAAAACAUAAAAACAUGCUACCAGCAAAUGUUUGAAAAAGGAAUCAAAGUGAAUGAUUUUCUGUUGCCGAUUACUGAUUUUGGAAUUGGUUACGAAGAUGUGACUUGUAAAGUUUCGCCGUCGUUGCAGAACUUAAGCAAUUUAAUGCAACGCACUUUGAAUGUGGAUGGCGUUAGGACCUUUGCUUAAAAGUAGUUAUUUUCCAAUGAUGAGGUCGUACACAGACUUCUGAAGGAUUGACAACUAAGCAGUUAAAGUCAGAAAUCAAAAUCGACCUGAUCGUUGCAGUGCGCGAAUGGUUUUCAGCGAUUAUUUGGAUGGUUUGUCCUCCGUUUGUUUCAUCGUAAAGCAAUAAUUAAUAGAAUCAACAUAAAAGAACCCUCAAUUUGUAAUGCAUUUAACAAGGUCUCGUAACAUUAAUCCCAAAGUCCGUUCAUGUGAGGUAAGAAUUGAUGAAAACCUCAACUAGUUGAAUCAAUUAUCGCAAAAGUAAGACCUGAACGAUGCUUAGAAUAAACAGGAACCACCGGCCCAAUUUAACUUAUGCCAGUACAAUGUGCAACCUUGGGCCGUUCUGCAGUUUUGCCCGUGUUCUGCACAUUCUGAGUAACAUUGCUGCUAUGCCAAAGAUUAGAUUUUUCCUUACCCGAACGGAGGGUAUUGCUUUUCGGAUUUUUAUAGUUUCUCUCAUAUACUGCUCAAUGUAGAUUAAUCUUAUUUAAGUUGAGCAAAUUAUAUUUAAAUGGAAUGAAUAAUGGUUUUUGCAAAAAGUGGACCAAAUAGUUUUUUUUUCUUUUUGAAUGCGAUAGCUUUCAUGUGGACAGCUUCUCGUCCAACCGGCGAUGCAUAUCAUGUUGUUCUUUUGCUUUUCGAUACACGAUGUGAUAGGGGUUAAAAAGUCAGAACAGUGCACAUAUAAAUGAAAAUAUUUUGCUAUUCUGCAUUUAUCUUUCCUUACCUACUAGAACUCGCUGAGAGUGAUUGCGAGCAAAACAGCACGAAGACCGUUAGAAAGCGUGUGUAUGAUACGAUAUCGAAUCGAUAGCCAGUUCUGAUACCGCUUAAAGAAACCGUGAUUCAAUUAGCUACGAACUUCCUGAAGAAAUGAAUGAGUGAAAGAGAUUUGAAUGAAUGUUAUAAACCAAAGUAAAGAAACAAUAAAAUAAUGUCCACCAAUGAAA